CUCCCUCGCUCGCGGGCCGGCGCCCUCCCUCCCCCCUCCCGGGCGGCGCGCGGCGCGGUUGGUAAAGCCCGGCCCCGAAUAUAUAGCUCGCCGGAGCGCAAUGAAGUAGCCUCUGGAGCGUCCGCAGGCAGCCUGCUGCCUGCUGCUCUCAGCCCGCCCGCGGCCAGUGCAGCUCAGCGCAGCAGCCGCACCUCCCCGCGCUCGCACCGCGCCCGCCCGCCAGGAGGAGACAGCGGCGCCGCGGGAGCGGGGGAGGCGGCGAGGCCACUGGGAGCGUUCAGCGCGGCUAGUCCCCCGCAACUCCGCCGCUUCUCUCACCCCUGCCCGGGGCCGGGGGCUCCCGCAGAGCCAGCUCGCUCGUCAGUCCCCGCAGCCGCCCGGCUCGGGCUCUGCUUGGCCGGCGGGGCCCCGGCUCCUGCGCCCCCGGGCGCCCGGUGGACACCCCGGUCCCCGGAGCCGGGACAAAGCCAUGAAGCCGGCGCUGCUGGAAGUGAUGAGGAUGAACAGGAUCUGCCGGAUGGCGCUGGCCACUUGCUUGGGAUCCUUUAUCCUGGUCAUCUUCUAUUUCCAAAGUAUGUUGCACCCAGUCAUGCGGAGGAACCCGUUUGGUGUGGACAUCUGCUGCCGGAAGGGGUCUCGGAGUCCACUGCAGGAGCUCUACAACCCGACCCAGCUGGAGCUGUCGAGCACGGCGGUGCUGCACCAGAUGCGGCGCGACCAGGUGAGCGACACCUGCCGGGCGCACAGCGCGCUGAGCCGCAAGCGGCGGGUGCUGACGCCCAGCGACCUGAAGCACCUGGUGGUGGACGAGGACCACGAGCUCAUCUACUGCUACGUGCCCAAGGUGGCCUGCACCAACUGGAAGCGCCUCAUGAUGGUGCUGAGCGGCCGCGGCAAGUACAGCGACCCCAUGGAGAUCCCGGCCAGCGAGGCGCACGUGGCGGCCAACCUCAAGACCCUCAACCAGUACAGCAUCCCCGAGAUCAACCGGCGCCUCAAGAGCUACCUCAAGUUCCUGUUCGUGCGCGAGCCCUUCGAGCGCCUGGUGUCGGCCUACCGCAACAAGUUCACGCAGAAGUACAACACGUCCUUCCACAAGCGCUACGGCACCAAGAUCAUCCGGCGCCAGCGCAAGAACGCGACGCAGGAAGCGCUGCGGCGCGGCGAUGACGUCAGGUUCGAGGAGUUCGUGGCCUACCUGGUGGACCCGCACACGCGGCGCGAGGAGCCCUUCAACGAGCACUGGCAGACGGUGCACUCGCUGUGCCACCCGUGCCACAUCCGCUACGACCUGGUGGGCAAGUACGAGACGCUGGAGGACGACUCCAACUACGUGCUGCGCCUGGCGGGCGCGGGCGGCGCGCUGCGCUUCCCCACCUACGCCAAGUCCACGCGAACUACGGACGAGAUGACCACCGAGUUCUUCCAGAACAUCAGCGCCCGGCACCAGGCGCAGCUCUACGAGGUCUACAAACUCGACUUCCUCAUGUUCAACUACUCGGCGCCCAGCUACCUGAAGCUGGAGUGAGGGCGCCGGCGGGGCGGGGCGGGGUCGUGCUUUUUAAUUUAAGAUCGUUUUUUUAAUGUGUGGGGAAAGGAUUAUAUGGAUAUCUGGAUUAUUUUGUAAAUGCAUUCAUUCUUGUUUUGCAGGGGUGGGGGUGUGUGUGUCGAUGCUGCGAGCAGCACGCUGGGAAUUAUUUAAAAAGUCCUCAGUCGGGACGGACAGCUGACUUUCUGGGAUGGUGGGUGUCCUUUUAGGUCGUGUUGUCUCUGUUUUUUGUUUGUUUUUUUUUUCCUAGGAAGUGCCUCCUGUCUCAGAGGUCUCCUUGUGUUCUGGGUGGAUUCCCGCCCAGCAACUGUGUGCAUCCCAUAAACGCUCAUGGUUUUUUUAUUUAUA